AUGUUCAAAAGGGGAGGGAACGUUUUGUUUAUUCUGGUGUUAUUUUUCCUCUCUUUUUCCAUUUGUGUUAAGGGGAAGCACAUUGUGCUAGUUCAUGGAGCAGGCCAUGGUGCAUGGUGUUGGUACAAUGUGGUGACUAUGUUAAAAUCUUCUGGUCAUAAUGUUACAACUUUGGAUAUGGCUGCUUCUGGCAUUAAUCCAGAACAGGUGCAAGAGAUUCGUUCAAUUUCACAAUAUUAUGAACCUUUGAUGACAUUCAUGAAAUCUCUUCCUCCAAAGGAGAAGGUGAUUUUGGUGGGUCAUAGUCUUGGUGGCAUAUCCACAUCUGUUGCUAUGGAAAAGUUUCCUGAGAAAAUUUCUGUUGCAAUUUUUGUCACUGCAUUCGUCAUUAGUGAAACCCUCAAUACCACAGUUGUUAAUCAAGAGCUGGUAAAAAGAGCAGGUUCCUUUUUGGAUGCCCAAACUUUUUUCUCUGAUGGGCCAAACAAACCUCCAACUUCACUCUUGUUUGGACCCAAACUGCUGGCAUCUAAGCUAUAUCAAUUAUCACCUUCUCAGGAUUUGACGCUUGCAUUAUCAUUGGUGAGACCACAAUCUUUCUUUAAUGAUGAUGAAGCAUUGUCUAAAGAAACAGCAGUUACUAAGCAAAGAAAUGGAAUGGUUCCAAAAGUGUACAUAAUCAGCAAAAGAGAUAAAUUCAUAAGAGAGGAUUCGCAAAUGUGGAUAAUUGAGAGAAGUGGUCCAUAUGCUGAAGUGAAAGUAAUAAAAGAUUCAGAUCACAUGGUCAUGUUCUCCCAACCAAAGAAGCUUAGUUCUCACAUUCUAAAGAUUGCGUACAGAUAUUAA